CGUUGCGUCGUGCGGUCCUCUCCUGCACGUUUGGACGGGCUUCAAACGAGACACUAGAUGGCAACCACGUCGAGAGGCUGAAUGCGCGCGCGUGCGUGUGUGCAAGUGAGGAGGAGGGGUGAGGGGAUGAAUUACGUCGGCGUGGGACAGCGGAGGGACGGUCUGCUCGUGGCACUAAGCCUGCAGCUGGAGCUGCAGAGAGGGGAACCGGCGGCGAAGGGAAUUAAAGGCAAACUGACCGACCGCCCUCGGACGCGUGAGUCUCACGUUCCACCGUCCCAACUUGUGGGUUCGACUGUCGUCGCAAAGUGAGGACAGAUCAGAAGGGGGGGAGGCGAGAAAACAUGUGGCGCGUCCGCGGCGCCGCCGGCGCGCGGACCGGAGACCGAGUGGACGUUCGCGGCGCGCUGAUACCCCGCUUUUAGAUGGCUCCAACAUUUGGGGUGCAAAACAGGUGUCAGGGAAGUGUCGUCACGAACCCCGGAAGCCGGAGGAGGUGGGAACAUCAGAGGGAAAGAUGGCAGCGAAAUCCGAUGGUCGCGGGGUCGUCACCGGUUUCGCCCAGCUGCACAACCUGGACGAGGUGGUGGGGACGGGAGAGGACGACACGGGGAACGGCAGCUCAUUCCACAUCUGCCACUGCUGCAACACCUCGUCGUGCUACUGGGGCUGCAGGAGCGCCUGCCUGCAUUACCUCCGGGGGAAGGGGAAGGGGAGAGACGCGGCACGGCCACCGCAGGAGGAGCGCCUCUGGCUGGACUGCCUGUGGAUCAUCCUGGCGCUGCUGGUCUUCUUCUGGGAUGCGGGGACCGAUCUGUGGCUGGCCAUCGACUAUUACCACAAGAAGGACUUCCUGUGGUCGGGCCUGACCCUGUUCUUCGUGCUGGUGCCCUCGGUUCUGGUCCAGAUCCUGAGCUUCAGGUGGUUUGUGCAGGAUUACACGGGGGGCGGACUGGGCUCCGUAGAGGGGCUGAGUAGUCGUAGAGCUACGGCCAGUCUGCAGAGAGACAGAUGCUGCCGCCUCACUGUCUGGAUCUGGCAGAGCCUCAUACACAUCUUUCAGUUGGGACAAGUGUGGAGAUACAUCCGCACCAUGUACCUCGGCAUACAAAGUCACCGACAAAAGGAGAACCAGCGGCGCUUUUACUGGGCCAUGAUGUACGAGUACGCCGACGUCAACAUGCUGCGACUGCUCGAGACCUUCUUGGAGAGCGCCCCUCAGCUGGUGCUGCAGCUCUGCAUCAUGAUCCAGAGCAACAAGGCUGAGUGGCUGCAAUGUGUUUCCGCCACGUCCUCCCUGCUGUCGCUGGCCUGGGUGCUGGCCUCCUACCACAAACUGCUGCGCGACUCGCGCGACGACAAGAAGAGCAUGAGCUACCGCGGCGCCCUGGUGCACCUCUUCUGGCGCCUUUUCACCAUCUCCUCCCGGGUGCUCUCCUUCGCCCUGUUUGCCUCGGUUUUCCACGUCUACUUUGGCAUUUUCGUGGUGCUCCACUGGUGCGCCAUGGCUUUCUGGGUCGUCCAUGGCGGCACCGACUUUUGCAUGUCCAAGUGGGAGGAGGUGCUGUUCAACAUGGUGGUGGGCGUGGUCUACGUCUUCUGUUGGUUCAACGUACGCGAGGGCCGGACGCGCUUGAGAAUGGUGGUCUAUUACGCAGUAGUACUGUUGGAGAACGCCGUCCUCAGCUCCCUGUGGUAUGUGUACCGCGACCCAGCCACCACCGACGCCUAUGCCUCUUCUGCCCUAUGCGGCGUCUUCCUGUGCUUUGCCUCAGGUGUGGCCUGUAUGGUCCUCUAUUACGGGGUCCUACACCCCAUGGGCCCCCGGCUGAGGGUGCUGGCCAGCUCCUGCUGUGCUGAGCUGCUGUGGGGCCUGCCCCUCCCCCCCGAGGCUGAGCCCAUGGCCCCCACACCAGGCCCCCGUGGCUCCCAGGCCACCCCCACACGGGGCCUGGCCGGGGAGCAUGUGGAGUCCGAUGAAACCGCCACGGACACUUGCCUUCCGGUUUUCCAGGUGAGGUCCACAGAGCCCGUGGAUGCGGCCGGCAGGCCCAUCCGGCCCGAGGGUCCCCUCAUCAAGAUAGACAUGCCCAGAAAACGCUACCCAGCCUGGGACGCGCACUUCGUGGAUCGGCGCCUGCGCAGGACCAUAAACGUGCUGCAGUACAUUAGCCCUAACGCGGUGGGCAUCAGGUACAGGGACGGUCCACUUCUGUAUGAACUCCUGCAGUACGAAUCCUCCCUCUGAAGGCAUGCUCUCCCACAGACCCCCCCCCCCCCCUCCCCUACACACAGCGGUGCACAUACAUUCCCUCUCCUUCAUUCCGCUCUCCCUCCUCUCCAGAUUCCAUCUCUUAUUAUCUUCAGCGCUCCCCUCCUUUUGCAUUCAGUUCGUCUGCAGGAGUUGUGUGUUUUGAAAGGUAACGCUGUCAAAGACAGUCUAAACACACAGUCAUGAUUUAUUUUUGGAGAAAAAAAAAACAUAUGGCAAAAUUAUGAACCUACAGUAUCUUAUGUGACAUAUACAAACGUCUCAUAAAAAUCCCUCUGUAUUGAUAGAGCAGGGAUAUGUAUGAGUGUGUAGAUAACAUAUGAAUGUUUCAUUAUGAAAUGUGUUUAAUGCAUUAUACUGUGUUGGUGAUUCAACCUGUGAAUACUUGUGAAGGGCAUAUUGUAUGUCCCUGUGACAUGGGACCGGUGCAAAGCCUGAUGGGAAUGAUGGAGGAGAGACUCAGAGGGGGCAGGUCUUUGCACACCCUGACAUAUAUACUGCCAUUCUUUAUGUACAUUUUUUUAACGUGACAGUGUUGACCAAAAUCGCUAGCCCGUUACGUAAAAAGCUAAAAAGUCCCAUUUCGACCACGCCGCUGCAGAAUAUAGAACGGACGCAAUCAGAGAGGUGCGUGAGAGAAGCAAUGCGGGAGCGAGUUCCCUUCUGUGAGCUCACGUAGCUCAAUUGUGUCCCGGCUGUACUAUUUUCGUUCAAUCCUGAAUCCUAAUCGCAUCAUGUAAGGAAGAGGGGAGAAAAAAACAAAAAAGCACACUGACCUUCAAUCAGUUCCACCCCCAUUCCCCCCACGCACAGUGCAGACCGCCCUCUAGUGGAGGCCACCGGUCAUAGCGCGCCUCGCUUAUUCUCGCCUGCAGACAUGACAGCACAAAAUACACAGAAGACCACUUGAGAUGACGAAAAGACACAAUGAAAGGAAUGUAAGACGUACUUGACAUGAGCACAAGGGUUUUAAAUUGGUGAGUAGAAAAAUCAUAGUAACAUUCCAAAGACUUUUUAUAGACAGUAGUCGAUUAGUAAACGGUAGAAGGGUACAAAUGUGUGUCAACGUGCACUUUUCUAAAGUGCAAAGACAGCCUUCAAGGAAUCCUCCACCAUUCCCUUCUAAAUCCUAGAAAGUACUCCCCAACCUACUUAGUUUGGUUUCUUAUCAACAGUUUUAGGUUAUAUAUAAUCUAUAUAUAUGCUUACUGGGUGCAAAAGUAUGUAAUAAUUUCUUGAAAAAUAUGAGAAAUCUGAGAAAAUAUUUCUAUGCUAUUAUACUUCAAUGCGUAUUUGUGUCACUGACAUAUAAGUAUAUUUUACCAGAACGCACUUUUUUACAUGACAGAACAUGUUACGGUGAUAAAAGCUACUCGUAAGCUCCUUCAAAUCCACGUGCCCUCCGACAAGUCGAGCUCGCGAGCGGGCGCCCGCUGAUGCAGCCGAAACAAAGCCAAAUCGCAGCCUCCAGUACUGUCCUUCCGACGCGCCCCCCGGCCUCUGGAGACAGUAGAACGAGCCUGUGCGAAACGCGGAACCUCCACCGACCCACAAAAGCACCACCUCAUGAAAAAACGAAUAGUAACUAUAAAUAAUAAUAAAAAAUGCCUUCUAAGUCAAAAGGAGCUUGAUGAAAAUUUCCAACGAGGGCUAUAGAACAAUUCAUGAGAAAAAAUGAAUGCAUUUCAUACUCCGACUUUAUCUCCUCAUCUGAAUAUAUCCAGUGACGUGUGUUUUUUACAUUGUGGGUUUUGACAUGACUUUAGUACGACGCACCCAUGAAGGGACCCAAGGGCUCCGCGCACAGUGGGGACUCCUUUCUCCUGGAUGCCGGCGCUCUGCCUGGCUGUGGCCACGCGUGCCUCUUAACACCGUACUGUAAAAAAGGCAGAUGCUGCGGACGUCCGGGCCAAAGGCGAGAGGGCCUUUUUUUUGCCGGGGCUGGAAAAGGACAGCGAAGGCGUCCUGAACGGACCACAGCUCGGGUCCGUCGCCGAGCGUUCGGCUCCAGCCUCGGUUGCUGCUCCGCCCUCCGCUCCGUCUCCGCCGUGCCCGGGCCCUGGCGCUCCCCCCGCCAAACACUCACGUGCUCUGGUGUCUGAACAAAGGGGGUGGGGGGUGUUGAGGCUGAACAGCUGGAGAUCCUGACAUGAGAACAUGCAAUGAGGCACACUGCCAUAACCAAGAGCUUCAGCAUCCAGGGUCUUGACAGGCGAUGUUCAGCCCUGAGUGAUUGAGAACGGCUGGGUCAGCUACAGUCGAGUGGCGCAAACAUGUGUAUGCAAACAACCCACUGGUUUGUCGCUUACCAUAGUAGCCAGAGUAGUCUGUCUCUGUUGCAGUGAAUGAACAGCCAUGUUAAUAGAUAGUAAAUGAAUAAUAAAUAAUACUUAUUGUGAAAAAAUAAAAAAACAGCCAAUACAGGGGUUCCUCAGGACCAACAAACCAGAUCACUGAACCAGCUGACUCAGGGGUGUCUCAAUGCAGUUCUCAUCCCCAGGCAUGUCCUCAAGGGUCUCCAUUUUUCUUUUGGAACAUAACACAUCUGGAUUACUCCUUGGCUGGGAUUGCACCGCUUCGUUAUAGCUUGCCUUUUUUUUUUGUUCUGGGGGAAAAAAGUCCACAUUCUUAUUGCGGGCGGGGAGCGGCCGUGUCUUUGUGGUAGUUGGCUGCCUGGCACACGGCGCAUCCUUUCUAAACACCGCUGACCUUUUCCAGACAUGGACGCGUGUCCAAAUCAGGUGCAAAUACACUGUGAUUCAUUCAUUUUAGUGUAUGUGUGUAUGUGGGAGGGGGAAUAGUAUUCGCCACUCUAAUGGAGUUUAUGUACAAUUGGGCUUUAUUUCAUCUAGUGGUGCUUAAUGUCAAAUAAGAGUAUUUAAGCUUGCAUAACUUUAUCAUUAGACUAAUAGUAAUUACAAUUACAAAGAUUUUAAUUAAGUCUACAAAGAGUCUAUAAACAGGUCUGCAUUUUUAUAACACACGUAGUAUAUUUUAUGUAUUUCUACAGAACAAUCACCAUUUUGCCACAUUCUACAUAUAAUGAAAUGGACUCAUUAGAAGCUGGUUAAUAAGUGGGUUUAAUUUAACAUAUUUUCUUGUUUUGUUUAUUUCAUACGUGGGUUUCAGGAUCAGUGCUAGUGGACGCUGUUUCUACGCCGUAGUGUAGUAUUCAGUCACCAGAGGAUGCUUUCUGUCAGGUCACCUGCCCAUCGACACACAGCAAGAGCGUUUGAGCAGCAAGCUUGUUCUUCUCAAUCCUUGUUGUGCCUUGUUACUUUCCCGGGUGCUUCGAUCCAGCCACGGCAGCCAGGUCCGCAAACAACAACGCCGGCGUCUUUCUUUGCUCGUUUCACGUGCCAGAACAAAACUAAAUAUCCUCUCGGUCCGUGUCCACGAGAGCCCGGGCCGAGCCGAGAUCGGCUGACGCCGUCGCGUAGUGUUACAGCUCCAUCCAAGUUGUCACUCGCACGACUGCACUGUUAGUGACAGCGUUACAGCUAAACGUCACAAUGUGACAGAACCGGGCGACGGGCACCGUGUGAAACCCAGCCACUGGUUCUCUUAGACGAGAAAGUAAGGCAAUACUGAGCAUCUUUACUUGAACGUAGGGAUGCUCAUCUUUAUUACAUCUGAGUCUGCUGAGUCACUAAAGCCCCGGCUGACUCAGCAAGUUACAAAAUAGGUAGUUUUCGACUGAGAUCCAACUCAUUAGUUUUGGACUGUUUUGUUGAUCAUGACAGGUGCCAGCCAAGAUACUGAACAAUUUGGUCAAUGAUUGUUUUGUACUUUUGUCUAUGCCUUUACAUACAGUAUUCUUCUGUCUUGCAAUCGAUGAAUGAUUUGUAGUGCCAAGGCGUGAACUCUCUGUGUCGUUUGUCUUGUGUGAAGCGUCCAUGCCCUCGCCAAAACAGUAACGCCUGCGGUCGGGAGCGAAGCGCCGAGGCAGCGGGUGACAACAACACGUGCAAAAACUCACCGUCCACACGACCUCGUUUGAUGGUUUUCCUAUCAACUCCUUGCAUGUCGUUAGCUCUCAUCGUGAGGUGACCCUCCACAUUCAGCAUGUUCAGUGCUCUCUUCUGCACAAUAAACCCUCUGAUUUCUGCAUUAACGUGUAGCAGCAGGCCACUGUAGUAUUCACCUUGGUUUCAGUCUGUACCUUUGUGUCACAAUCCUGUUUGACCACUGGGGCAGUAUGUUCAGAUGAUACAACGGUGAAAUUCCUUCCUUUACGGUUGUUCCUUCUUUGGGUUUUGUUAAUAACCUGGUGCUGAAUAAAUACAUUUUCAAAGGUGCUACCUCUGUGGACCGCAGAGUCCACUGUUGGCUGUCUGACAGCACGGCCUUCUGGGUUGACUGAGAGAGCCUGCACUCCACAAACUUGCAAUCUCACGAUGCUCCAGAGCUAGCACCUCAAAUCCACACAGUUUACAGCAGAACUCAACUCGCAAUGGUGCCAUUUUGAUUUUCCAACCUGCACGAAACAGCAAGAGUUCCUAUUCUGUUCAUGUGUUUAUUAGAGUGGUUUUAUACAAAGUAUGUUUUGGUUUUUCUUUUUUUUCUAUCUGCACUAGGAUUUGAUUUCUUUUCUCAGAAAGAAUGAAACUGGCAGAUGACAAAAGGCAUCUUUUUGGCAAAUGCACAGGAGCACAAAUGUACUUCUGCUACUGGAAUUUGGUUAAAAUAAUAUAUAGAACGUGAUUGAUGUGUUGUAAAUUCCUGUCAUCUAUAUGUCCUUAAUCUGUGUGUAUCUAUUUUUGUUGUUAUUGUAGAAUUGGCUGUAAUCUUUUGUUUAAGAUGGAUUUGAUAUUCCAAUGAAGCGUCAUAUUAAUUGCUGCUGAUUUUUGAAAUUGUUGGAAAAUAUUACUUUGUUUAUAUUCGAUCAAUUUCUAGAUUGUGUUAGCUUGUUGAUGUAUUUCACAAAUCUAUCUGGAUAUUCCCUAGGUUAUAUGAUUUUUUUUCGGGAUAUUCGACAAGUUGUCACAAUGUCAGUGAGCAAAAUUGCUACGGUCUGUAGCAUCUUUAUGAGCGUGUGCUCAUACAACCUAUGUUACGACUGAGAACAUAUAAGGAAUGAUUACUUUGUUGUUGUUAAAUAUAAAAUGUUAGUAAAUUGUUU